AAAAUUUAGAAAAGGUAUUUGCGAUUAUUGUUGCAGCUACCGUCUGGUGCAAAGCCUCGAGAUGAAGUAAGGCUAAGAUGCAGUGAAGUUUGAAAUGCCUUGAAUAAAGUACUCUGAUGGAAAGCCAUUCAUUAGCGCAGUAUCUUAAUUAGUUCAAAAUGCUUAUUGUGAUAUUGGGUGCAGUCCUUUGUGGGGUGAUCCUAACUUUAAUGGUGCAAGCCUAUCUACUGCGGACAUUCUUUCUACACAUUCCAGUGACCAAGCCACCUUUUAAACCACAGUCAGCCGGCUUCUCUUUACCAAAGGAACUGCAGGAUAUUUUGAAGAGCUCUACAUCUGAGGUUGGAACAGAGACAUGCUUGGCCCUUAAUCUACUCAUACAGUUCCUUUUCCAGGAAUUGAAGGAUACUAAUAAAACAAGAAGGUGGGUGACUGAAAAGUUGAACAUAGAGUUUGCUGAGCUUCUAACACAGACCACUACAGGCAAACUACUCGACAAUAUUAGCGUGAGGGACUUUUCACUGGGAGAUGCUUUCCCUAUUAUCAAAGGAGGGACCAUAAAACCAUGUCAUAGCAAUGAUAACUACAAGACACUUGAGGAAGUCAACAUUGAGGUUGAAAUCGACUAUGACGGGGGAUUCCAGAUUGGUGUUGAUGUUGACCUUGUAUUUGGAAAAACUGCCUUUCUUUCCGUAAAAGUUAAAAAGUUACAAGGAACAGCGAGAUUACAGUUUACUAGGCAGCCGUUUUCUCACUGGUCAUUCUCAUUUUACCAGGAGCCUUUAUUGGAGUUAGAUGUGGAGUCACAGUUUGAAGGCAGACCUCUCCCCCAGAUCACCUCACUUAUAGUUAACCAGAUAAGAAGAACAGUACGAAAAAAGCACACCCUACCAAACUACAAAAUCCGCUACAAACCUUUCUUCCUACCCCAAGAGCCUAAUCUGACAGUGCGAGAGAUCAACCUGCAUGGGAACAGUAUUAGCCUUGGCCAAUUAGAUGUUACCAUAACUGAGUGUAGCCGACUACAACAAAUUAUACCAGAUUCUAAAAUGUAUUGCACUCUUGCAGUAGAUAAACUACCCUGGAUUGAAAUGAUGUCAUCUAAAAGGAAGUUGUGGGUGACACAUGAUAUAGAAAUUGUUCGUGCUCAGUCUCCGUCCAUUGGAAUCAUCUUUAAAGAUGAAUUCGUGCUAGACCGAUAUGAGGAAAUGGUUGUCGUAGAAACAGUUCACCCCAAUUCUCCCGCCUACAUGGCCGACAUAAGAAAGAGUGAUGUACUUAUUGCAGUCAAUGGCACAAGAAUAAGCUCACUGAAGCAAGCAGCAAAGUCAAUUAAACAAGCUGGAGACAAAUUAAGUGUGAGGAUUGAGAGAUGUUCCAGAAUAUCCAACAUUCCAAAUAAUUCCAGUGCUCCAAAUGUAGAGAUGCGAGGCUUGGAGGACUCAGUUAGUUACAAGGACAACUUUGAUGGUGGACCAGAAUAUGGGGAUGAUGAAGAAUAUAUCAACAUCAACAUGAAACAUGUACAGGAUGAUGAAUCCACAGCUGUAGCAGCUGUAGCAACCACAACAGCUCCAACAGGGGAUCAAACAUCAACUAAGAAGUUCCCAUUCCUCCCAAGUAAGCCACAACUUUUCCAACGUAAGCGAUCUAGGACCACCACAGAUCAAGAUUCCAGGGGGUCCCCCCAAGGAAGUCCUGUGUUGAAAUCUCACAUACCACCAGAGGGCUCUGAAAGUCUUAAGUCUGGCCUUGGGGCACGACCUCGUGCUAAAAGUGACACAAGGCUUGAUAUAAAAAAGGAAAAUGAUGACAGCUCUUCCACAGAGUUUGAAAAUGAGGCUAUGAUAGUUGACAGUGCUGGUGGGGAUGCGCGACAGAUAGAAGAGCAGUCAUAUUCCCGUUUCAACCUACUUAAAACUAGAAUGGUCCCAUCAAUUGUAUGUCCAGUGUGGGAUCAGAAGUUUGAUCUUCAGAUUGAAGCUGAUGACAAGUUCUGUAAUAUCUGUGUAUGGUGUAAAGUACCAGAGAAGCUAGACAAGCAUGACCGUGUCAUCAAGCCAGAGAAGGAUAUUCUCCUUGGACAUGUGAGUGUAAGUGUAGCUGAUAUAGCUCUGGAGUGUGCAGCUACCUUACAGGGGGAUUGCCAGUUAACAUACAAACUUUCACCACCAGACAUCAAGGCAGGAGCAAGUCGUGGGAAAAUUCAUCCCCUGGCAGUACAUCGUGGAUUUGACAGUUCCUUAUGUCAUGGUGACAUCACACUUUACUUCCGCCAUGUUCCAUCUGGCCUCUCUUUGGAUGACAGGAAGCAGUUACAAAAGAUGACACCUCAGCUGCAACCGGAUGAUGCGGAAUCUGGUCUUGUGUCGUUGGAUACAGAGCCAGAUCUUCUUAAACAGGGUGAAUCCGAGGAAGAAGACAGGCACGUGUUUAUAAGCACAAACUUUCAAUCCACAACCCAGUGCAAUUUCUGCAGUAAAAAGAUAUGGUUAAAAGCAGCAUUCCAGUGUAAAACUUGUCAGAUGAUUUGUCACAAAAAAUGUCGGGAAAAAUGUCAAGCACAGACUCUUUGUAGCAAGGAUGGUUUUUCAUACAAGGCAGGUUUCAAGCCAACGAUUUCAACCGAUGAGCCUGACAAUGAAUCUACAAAGUCACAAAACAUUUCCAAAACGAUCCAACCAGUAAAGCUGUUCAACAAGCUUCGACGUCGCGAUUCUCCACAUAGAGACAAUAACCAAUCAUCUGUCUCGAAACUUAAAGAGCGUAAAAGUUCAACAAGUAGUUCUGAAAGUAGUUCCGGUCGAAAGCGUAACAAUUCUGCCCCAGAGGUUAAACUGGAGAAAGAGUUAUCGGGUGAAAGAUUAGAGGGCCUGAUAGCAUUGAAUGACAGUAAUCUGGCUCGCACUAGAUCGUCAACAUCAAUAGAUAAGAUCACACAGGAUUCGGACAACCAGCAAAAUAAGAGUGCAAGUGAGGCAGACACUGACUCGGAUGACGAGAUGAAUUUGAUGAACCUCAAAUUUCUGGAAUCCCACAAGUUGAAAUCAUCAGAAGAACGAGCGAUGUCCUAUGCCAAAGAGAUGGGGAGAGAGCUCUAUAUGAACUUGCACCCAGAGGAAAGAAGAGAAAAGCUGGACAAUAUGAUCACAAAACUUCAACGAGAGAUUGACAGAGAAUCAGAAGUGCGUGCAGAACUGGCGCGCAGUGAAAGAGAGGCUGGGAAGACAUCUAAACAGAGGUCACAAAUAAGAAUAAAGAUAGCGAAGUGUGAUGAGCGUAUCCAAGCAUUGGCUUUAUUGAUGCUACAUUACUGCGCUGGUCUUCAGCAUUGCAUGGACCAAAUGGAAGACCAAGAGCAGGAGACCAUGUCAGGGGAUGUCAGCUCCAUGGGAGAUGUCAACCCUAUUGGGGAUGUCAGUUCCACUAGGGACCCAAGUAUUAAUGAUCCAGCUCUUCAAAAUGAUGAAACAUUCAUUGGAGAUGAUGGGCUUAAUGAUCCAAGUGAUACUACUUUUGAUUUAAGUGCUAAUGUUAGUGGAAGUGCUGGACACCUUAGUGAUGGUUCUGCCAUAGGAAUGAAUAGCUCAUCAUUUAUAAAUGAAGGAGAAAAAUUGGAAUCUCGGAAAGAACAACCAGGAACAUUGGACAGUGAAGAUUCGCCAUUGCACUCUGCUUCUGUUUAAGAUCAGUCAAUGGUAAAACUCUCAAUGAUUUGCAAUUAUU